AAUCCCUCCCCGACACCCCCCAGUGCGUGAACGUCACCGUGGUGAGUGACAACCAAUGCCAGAAGGUCUACGGCAGCAAGGUCACCGAGGACAUGUUGUGCGCCGGCGUGGCCGCGGGGGGCAAGGAUUCCUGCCAGGGUGACUCAGGAGGUCCCCUCAUCUGCAACGGGGUUCUCCAAGGCAUCGUCUCCUGGGGUGACCACCCCUGCGGGCAAGCGGGGAAGCCUGGGGUCUACAGCGAGGUCUACAACUACUUGUCAUGGAUCCAGGAGACAACAGGGGAGACCUGA